GCAAUGCAACUAUUGAAUCUAUAUAUAAACCAAAUGACAUUUUUAUGUACCCGCUCUCGGCUGCUGCUCUUUCUUCACCAGCUGUACAAAGGCCAAAAAACAAUUAAAGUUUCACCAGCUAUUACCCACCUCAAGUAGCUUCCAUCUUACAGUGUGAUAAUAAAGAACAUCCCAUCUUUGUUUACUUCACUCCGCUCCGUGCUCCCAAGCAAGUCCACUCACUUCAAGUCCUUCACUAUUAAACCUUCCACUGCAGAGUAUCAGCAUCAAGCAUUGUCGUCCAGUCCCAACACCAUAUGUAUUUUCCUCGAGUCCUGCCUUCUUGUUUCUUCAGAGAGUAACGCGAAUUCUCCGGAGAAAUGGAUUCAACGAUGAUCUUCUUGAUUACCACAGCUAUUCUGCUAUUCGCUUCUCCAGAAGCAAAAGCUCAAACCACCAAAUCUCCCCCUCCAAGUCUGGCUCCGGCGCCGGCCCCGACACCCAACCAUGUGAACCUCACGCAACUGCUCACUGUAGCAGGCCCAUACCACACCUUCCUUGGAUAUCUCGAGUCCACCAAAGUCAUGGACACCUUCCAAGACCGGGCCAACAACUCCAAGGAUGGCAUCACCAUAUUUGCACCGACCGACCAGGCCUUCUCAUCGCUUAAGGAGCCAUCCCUCUCCAACCUCACGCAAGACCAGCUCAAGUCACUCUUCCUGUUCCACGCCUUGUCGCGUUACUACAGUCUCGCUGAUUUCAAGAACCUGAGCCAGUUGAACCCCGUCAGCACAUUCGCUGGGGGCCAAUACACUUUGAAUUUCACCUAUUUGUCUGGAGACGUGCACGUCAAUUCCGGGUGGACCAAUACAAAGAUCAGUAGCAGCGUGCUUGCCACCGACCCGGUAGCAGUGUACCAAGUGGAUGGCGUACUUCUCCCGGAGGCAAUCUUUGGUACUGAUAUACCACCAAUGCCAGCUCCAGCACCAAGUCCUGUAACUGAAGCUAGCCCAGCUGCUGAUACUCCGAGUGAAGUAAAUGUUAAUGCAACUUCUCCAUCAUCUUCUUCGGAAAAAAGUAAGAAUUCGUCUCCACAGAUUGUCAGUUGGGGAAUUCGAAGUCAGUUGUUCUUUGCUGUUUCAAGCGUGAUGAUUAUAAUGUUGGCUUGACGAUGAAGUUGAUUAAAUGAGCCAUUGGUUUAGAUUAAGACGGUAGGUUUGGAUGUGAUUGGAUUGCUUGAUUUGAAACCAUUUUUUUGGGGAUUUUAUGUUAUUGACGUUCCGUAGGAGAAAGUGAAUUCAGCUAGUGCUAUUCUAUUAGUAUGCUUAUUCAGUGCCACAUUGUUGAUUCAGUUGGUUUGUUCUUGAUGAUGAAAAAUGGAACAAAGCUUUUCUA